GCGUAAGCGUCCAGUGAACAAAAAAAGAAAGUAGCGACGGUCUCGACGGUCUCGACAGCGUCGACGGCCGAACCGCUACAGGAGCCCUUGGCAAAGCCCAUCACCGACUACAUAUUUGGUCGCUGUAUACCAUGGAUAAACUCCCAGACGAGCUCCUGAUCCAUAUCUUCCAAUAUGCCAUGACAUACUGCGUAUCCGGAUGGGAUCCGUAUCAUCAAGUGCUCGCUCAACACAACGACCUCGGCUUGGACCUGGCAUGCGCGGACUAUCCGACGGUCUCAGCAAGAUGGAGCAUCUGUCUCGUGAAUCGCAGAUGGCACAUGGUAUCCAAGCCCCUCCUAUACAUCGAUAUACGCCUCUGGGAAUCUUCGCCCAAUCUCUCCCUGGCGGAUCGCAUCGGCUCUCUUGUAUCGAGCAACGAGAGCAACCUUGCGAAGAUCCGCUGGGUUACAGUCGCAGAAUAUCCCUCCGGGAAGGACUCAUAUCUGUCGAAGAAAGCCGGCGCAUAUCUCUGCCACCUCCUUUCCCAAGUUACGUUGCAACGCUUCGCGACCACUUUCUGUCCCGGCUACGUGCCAUGGUUACCCCUCCUCGCCCACAUCAGUGCACACACGUUAACCCACCUCGUCCUCGAGUUAAACCCCGUACACCUUGCAAUCGAGACAAUCGAGCAUCUCAACGCACUGUCCAACCUUGUUUGGUUGCGCAUACUGGACGAAAACGACUACACCUUUCGGGGGCCUCCUCACCCUGACUCAGUCGCCGACUUACCUUCCCUUGAACUCCCCAAGCUACAGACCCUCGAAGCCGGCUUCAUGUCGGGUGACGGACCCGAUCAGGACUUGGCACACCCGGAAGGGUCUUUCUCCUUCUGGAUCGCGACAUGGGCAGUAACCCCGUCCCUUCGCACCCUGCGAUUGUACGGAGAUCCCCUCGUCAGCGGGUUGGACCUUGAUAUGGUCCUCGACAUUCAAGGAAAACACAUACGGGAGCUACAUGCUGAUUUCCCUUGUAAGGUCGACCAUGUCGCCGAAAUUCUCCACCUUGCGCCAGUGUUAACCGACCUCACCUGUGUCGCUGCCUACUGGCAGAAUCCGUCAGGUCUCACCCUUGAGCACCGCAAGCUCCAGCGGCUAACGCUCUCCAGUGUAGGCAAGGGCAAUCUUCGUGCCGCACUUCGCUGCAUCGAGCCGGAACGGUUCCCAGAACUCGAGUACAUCAAGAUCGCUGGCAUAUCCUGGGAUUCGCUUGAUAUCGAAAUUGGGCCAUCCGGGCAGGUCAUCUGGUCCAUCGAUGGGGCCCUGGAGGGAGCCAUUCAGCUUGCAGCCAAAGGUGUUCCUGUAUUAGAUGAGCACGGCAGGUCCUUCAAGGGUCUUAUUUCGGUUAGAAGGCGAUGA